ACAAGGCAUGGAGUAUCUCGAGAGGAUUUGAUAUGAUGUAGUAUCUUAUUAAGCUAGAAGGGAGUUAAUACUAUUCUACAAAAUCCAAAUCCGCCGCUGAGAAUUCCGAGGAAGCGUUUGUUAUCUCGAGAGGAUUUAGAUUUCUUCUACAUGCGCAUUUCACACACACAGAAUUUAACGAAAGGGAGAGAAGAGUGGUGUGUGUACGUACAGGUUCUACAGAAAACAAAAUGUAUGCAGCAGAGAACGGGCUCAAAGGAGACCCAAGGCUAGAGGCCAUUCAUCAAGCCAUUCGGGUCGUUCCAGACUUUCCCAAACCAGGGAUAAUGUUUCAAGAUAUAACGACAUUGUUGCUGGAUCAUAAAGUGUUCAAGGCAACGGUGGACAUCUUUGUCUAUCGAUACAGAGACAUGGGCAUUUCUGUUGUUGCUGAAACGAUCAAAAGAAAAAGAAUGGGAGAGAAGGGUUCGGACCAUUAUUAUUACUUAAUUCAUGUGAAUUACAUUGGGAAAAAUGGAGGGAUCGAAGCCAGAGGAUUCAUGUUUGGUCCUUCAAUUGCAUUAGCAAUCGGUGCAAAGUUUGUUCCUUUGAGAAAACCUAGAAAGCUACCAGGUAAGGUAAUUUCUGAAGCAUAUGAGCUGGAAUAUGGAACUGAUUGUCUUGAGAUGCACAUUGAUGCUGUCCAACCCGGGGAACGUGCAUUGGUAAUUGAUGAUUUGGUGGCUACCGGUGGUACCCUCUCUGCUGCGAUAAGACUUUUAGAACGUGUGGGUGCUGAAGUGGUUGAAUGUGCUUGUGUGAUUGGGUUGCCUGAGGUCAAGGGGCACUGCAGGCUCAAUGGAAAGCCGGUUUAUAUUCUCGUGGAGCCACGCCUAGUAGAUAAUUGUUGCAGAGGUAUUAGACAGUUCUCAAAAAUUGUAGUUAAAAAUACCUUUAAGAGUGGUACUGUGACAUCGAUCUAUGUGAACUCAAUGAGCUUAGGCGGAGAUGCCAACACAAAUGAUGCUUAAGCAAAUGUUCAUGGUAGAUUUCUCCACCAAAGUUGGGUGUUAUGAUGUGAUAUAUGCUUCUCUGAUCACUCUGUACAAUGUUUAUUCUUUACGUAGGCUGUUUUUUAAUGCCUUUUGAGUUUGAACAAAAACAGGAAUGAAGGCGGCCUCUUUUUGUGUACAUAUAUACACUGCAUAAUAGCAUGAUUUGGCAGUUCUCCGGCAAA